UGCCAACCUGCAUGAUGAGUGCAUCCUACGAUGUGUCGACUGCCAUAGGCUACGGACUGGGCAUAUUCACCGAUUCAUGUCAUGCUCAAAAAAUCCGCCUGCAUACUCGUUAGCCAGUCAGUAGGUACAUGUCCGGCAUACAGGUACAGCAACGUGAGAGAUGCAGCGACAAAAUUAACAGUCCAAGUCACAACUGGACGGGCUGUUGAGCAUCGGUGCUAGGAAGAGAUCCCCUGCCGCGACCACUUCUGGUACAAUAGCACAACUGUCAAAUGGACAACGAUAUUUGACCCGUCUUCCUAGAGGCGGCGUGCCAGUGCGAGGUGGCUUGUUCUGGAUCGUCCGAGCCGCUCUGGGUGAGCGCUCAAACACAUUACGCCACAGUACAUUUUAGCGAACGGUAUGAUCUGAUCAUUGCAUCAUUCUCACUCGGAGCACCGUGUUUGCUUUGGGGAAUAGCCAGAGCCAGAACAUAAAAUCUAACAUAGAUGAGAGCAGGACCUGUGGAAGCCAGUUUACUUCACAAUACGACUUUGCGGCUGAGUUUCUAGCCUUCAGUCACACAGGCUGUGUAAGAAUCUGGAAAUCUCCUCCUUGGCUGCGAUUCUCUGCUCAUACAUUCACUAUGAGGCAGAACAGGAGUAUAACCCAGAUAUGGUCGAGGCAAGCGCAGGUCCUAUGCCAUGUUGUGUCCUGGUUUGCGUGCGUUCGCUAUGCAGCAGGAGCAAGUUAUGGCGGUUGGGUCUGCACCAACACGAUUCUGAAUGUGAUCGUAAGCCAGGGAUCGUUCACGACUCAGCAAUACGCUCCAUUCGUAUCACCGGCCGACAGCGUCACUGAAUGCUCGCAGCACAUCGAAUCCUACGAACACAGUAUCCAGUGCACGUACGAGUUUCACGCACCAGCCGGCCACCACAUCUACGUGGAGUUUCCCACCUUAGCACUGGAUAGCAAUUGUGCGUCGGACUACGUGGAGCUGCAUCUGCACGGGAAUGAUGUACGACGGAUAUGCGGUACUGGAUCGGCCAGGCAGAGCGCAUUCACCUACAUUGCCGACAUCUUUCAAACCAACUACGCUAAAGUCACCUUCACGACGAAUUCGGAGUUCCGUUGUGAAGGCUUCAAGGCGUACUUCUUCCCCUAUGUGCCUUGGUUCGGACGCCGGCGAAGGCGACAAGUGCGAGGACGUGGAAUUUCACGGCAUCGUAGGUCCAUCGAGACGGACAUUACAGCAGUGCGAGAUGCUCUUGACUCAAAAAUUGCACCAAUCCGAACACUGGCCCAGACGCUUAUCAACUCGAAGAGUCACUGCAGCAUAUGCAACACCGAUGGUGUGGCGGCCUGCUCUUGCUCGCCGACUGGGCUCCUGAGCAGCAUACGCUUCACCACCUACAAGUACUUCCGUAGCGGAUAUAACAGCCUGGGACUCACAUCGUUCGGCAUUUAUGCUGGUGGCUAUGGUGGCGGGAGCGACGAUGGAGACGGUAACGGCGGAGGCGGCGGCGAAUCGAACAACUUUUGCAUUUGCAGGUCCUGAUACGAACAGCGGCCGCGCAGCCGAAAUGCCAGUUGAAACCUAACAAUUACUUUGUGAUUAACAAAUACAGUGAGCAAUGUACAUUUCUUCAGCUCACCUGCUACCUUCGACACCAAUUGUAAACAUUGAGGAAUCGAAACUAUUUUGUCAGUAAGGACAGAUUAGAAGAGAUUCUUGUCUUUCCAACUCCUUUUAUCUUAUUUUACCCUCCAUCAUAAACCUGACGACGGGUUAUGAAGAGCAGAGAUGACGAAUGGUAGACGCAGCACAAGGUGGCUCUGUCCGUGGCGCAGAUCCAACUCUUGCUCCGGUAUUCCAUCCAGAGUGAGCCACCAAUUUGAAUGUACACAAUCCUUGAACAAUAUCCAUGGACGUGUUUGAUCUAGUCCUGUCUUUCACAUCUCAUUUAAAAAUUAUUUUCCUUUUGUCUCAUUUUCACUACAGGGAGGCUGAAGUGUCCUAACCUGUCAAUAUAAACUACACAAUAGCGGGAAUUCAGAAAUUGUGAAUCCUUCAUGCACACUUUACAUCUUUCAAAGCAUUCGUCUAGGGAUUGAGUUGAAUCUUAUACACAAGCUAGUUACAUCUGCCUUGAGUUUCUUUGCUUUUGGACUUUUUCAAAUUUUAAUUUUGAUUUCAUCGUCGAGUUUCAUCCCUUGUAUCUUUGGUGUUCGUCCUUCUUUCCAUGUCGUGUUGUUUGAAUACACCCGUUUUGACACAUA